AUGGUGUGUUCUCUGACCAACAAUAAUAACAACAACAACAGUGGUAAGAGCUGCAACGACACCGGUGGCGAGCAGCCCUGCACGGACCUGCAGUCGCGAUCUAGCCCAGAGGUUCAGCCAAACGAGAACAUGUCGUCGCUGAGCGACGCUCACAGGCGGAACAGCCACUUGGAGGGCGACAGGAGUUCGUCGGCGGGUUCUUCUUUGGGUUCGUGUUCGCCACCACCGGCAUCCAGCCACUCGCCACCGCCGCCAAGACCACCAUGGUUGCACGACUUCCACGCGGCGGCCGCGCCUCAUGUUCUCCAGUUUUUGAACCUCAGCGCGGCCGGAGGUAGCAUGCUAGCUAGCCAGCCUCUCGCCGCUCUGCACUCUAUGGCUGAGAGGAGUCACCAUCAGCAACAUCAGCAGCAUCAGCAGCAGCAGCAGCAGCAACAGCAGCAGCAGCAGCAGGCGCAUCAUCAUCAGCAGCAGCAGCCGGCCGGGAUACAAUUGCCAAGGAUCAGCGUGCCGUUGUCAACCAUCACGCAGGGUCAGGCUUCGCCCACGGGGAGCGGAAAGCAUAGUCCCGCGACGUCUAUUACCUCCGUCGGAAGCAAUCCGCAUGGCAUCGACACGAUACUAUCGCGGCCGGCGGCCACGCAUCCUCAGGCGCCCGUGUCUGCGACACACGCCGCGCUCCAGCCGACGCCGCAUCCGCAGCACAUGACGGCGCCGCGGUACGGAAUGCAUGCGGGCUUCACUGCCUCUUCGGGUAUCGGGCAAUUUCAACAAAGAACGGAGCCACGGCAUCCUGCUGUCUAUUGGCCAGGUCUUCAGGGAUUAGUCAGUGAUCCCCUGGCAUGGCGAGCAAGACUACACACACUGUCGCAACAGCUGGGUUGUCAGCAAACGAUGACAGGCUCCGGCGGAACCGGCGAACACGAGGGCGGCAAGAAGAAGCACACCAGGCCGACGUUCAGCGGCCAGCAAAUCUUCGCCCUCGAGAAAACCUUCGAGCAGACGAAAUACCUAGCGGGCCCGGAGCGUGCUAAAUUGGCCUACGCCCUCGGCAUGUCGGAAUCGCAAGUCAAGGUAUGGUUCCAAAACAGGCGGACAAAAUGGCGGAAAAAGCAUGCGGCCGAGAUGGCGACGGCGAAGAGGCGGCAAGAAGAGGUCGAGGGCGUCGUUGCCGAGGGUGAGGAUGGUUGCAGCGACGCGGAGACAGAGGGAAACAGCGAAACUGCCGCGAAGAGGCUCAGAAGGGAACUCGAGCAACAGUAUAGGCAUUAA